AUGAGAGUGGUUGUGCUAGCCCUGACCCUGGCCCUUGUGGUUUCAUCUGGUCAACAUGUCAACUUUGCUCCUAAUUUUGCCACCAGUAAGACCUAUGUGUACAAGUAUGAAGCAGUGCUUCUGGGCGGUCUACCUGAGGAGGGGUUGGCAAGGGCUGGAGUAAAAGUCAGGACUAAAGUUCUCAUCAGUGCUUUUGCCCACAAUAACUUCCUUCUGAAGCUUGUAGAACCUGAGCUCUUGGAGUACAGUGGCAUUUGGCCCAAAGAUGCGUUCCUCCCAGCUACCAAGCUCACAAGAGCCCUGGCUGCUCAGCUCAUGACCCCCAUCAAGUUUGAGUAUACUCAUGGUGUUGUGGGAAAAGUUUUUGCCCCUGAAGGAAUCUCAGAAAUGGUGUUGAACAUCUAUAGAGGAAUCCUGAACACCCUUCAGCUCAACAUCAAGAAGACACAGAAUGUCUACGAGUUGCAGGAGGCUGGAGCUCAGGGUGUGUGCAAGACCCUUUAUGCCAUUACUGAAGAUGAGAAGGCUGAACGUAUCCUUCUGACCAAGACAAGAGACCUGAACCACUGCCAGGAGAAAAUCAUCAAGGAUAUGGGUUUGGCUUACACUGAGAAGUGUGUCGAGUGUCAGCGGGAAACAAAGAACCUGAGGGGAACUGCUGCGUACAACUACAUCCUGAAGCCGGUUGCUGAUGGUGUUCUGAUCUUAGAGGCUGCCGUCAGUGAACUGAUUCAAUUCUCUCCAUUCAAUGAGAUGAAUGGUGCUGCUCAAAUGGAAACCAAGCAAUCCUUGGUCUUCCUUAACAUUGAAAAGACCCCAGUGGUACCCAUUGAAGCGGAGUAUCUCCACCGUGGCUCCCUUAAGUACGAGUUCGCCAAUGAGCUUCUUCAGACUCCUAUUCAGCUCAUCAAGAUCAACAAUGCACAGGCCCAGAUUGUGGAGAUCCUAAAUCAUCUGGUCACCCAUAAUGUGGAGACGGUCCAUGAAGAUGCCCCUCUUAAGUUUAUGGAACUUAUUCAGCUCCUUCGUAAAGCCCACUAUGAAGACAUUGUGAUGAUCUGGAAUCAAUUUAGGCUGAAACCUGCUUACAGAAACUGGAUUCUGGAUACCCUGCCUGCCGUUGGGACUGCUACUGCAAUGAAAUUCAUCAAGGAGAAGAUAAUCACUGACGAACUCACUGUCACAGAGGCAGUUCAGGCUAUGGCAGUGUCCGUGCACACAGUGACAGCUGACCGAGAGGUCAUCAGGCUUUUUGAGGCCCUGGCAAUCAACAACAAAAUAGUGGAAAACCCUGUCCUGCAUGAAAUUGUCUUGCUUGGCUAUGGUACCAUGGUCGCCAAAUACUGUUCUGAGAAGGUCACCUGCCCUGCUGAUAUUAUCAAGCCCAUUCAUGACCUCAUUGUGGAGGCAGUUGCCAAGAAUGAGAUCAACGACAUCAUCUUGCUUCUGAAGGUUCUGGGUAACGCUGGCCAUCCUAUCAGCCUUAAGUCAAUCACAAAGGUACUACCCAUCUACGGUACUGCAGCUGCAACACUGCCUGUGAGAGUCCAUGCCGAUGCCAUCUUGGCCAUGAGGAACAUCGCAAAGAAGGAGCCAAAAAUGAUCCAAGAAAUGGCUAUUCAGCUGUACAUGGAUAGGGCUCUACACCCAGAGCUCCGUAUGCUUGCUUGCAUUGUGCUGUUUGAAACAAGGCCUUCAAUGGGGCUGGUGACCACCCUCGCCAACAUUUUGAAGACAGAAGAGAAUCUGCAAGUGGCUAGCUUCACUUAUUCCCACAUGAAGUCCCUGACUAGGAGUACUGCUACUAUCCAUGCUUCAGUUGCUGCAGCUUGCAAUGUUGCGGUCAAAAUCCUGCGCCCCAAACUGGAUCGGCUGAGUAACCGCUUCAGCAAAGCAAUCCACAUGGACACCUACAACAAUCCCCUGAUGCUCGGUGCUGCUGCCAGUGCUUUCUACAUCAAUGACGCUGCCACCAUCUUGCCCAGGUCUGUUGUGCUCAAAGCCCGUGGGUACCUAGCUGGGGCUGCUGCUGACGUCCUUGAGAUUGGUGUAAGAGCUGAAGGACUCCAGGAAGCUCUUUUGAAAAACCCAGCCAUUGCUGACAACGUUGACAGGGUCACCAAGAUGAGGCGCGCCAUUAAGGCUCUAUCAGAGUGGAGGUCUUUGUCAACACGCAAGCCUCUGGCAUCUGUAUAUAUCAAGUUCUUUGGACAAGAACUUGCCUUUGCUAACCUUGAUAAACCUCUGAUCGACCAGGCCAUUGCGCUUGCCACUGAAGCCAACGCAAAGAGUGCACUGAAGACGCUGCUCUCCGGUGCUUCAUUCCAUUACGCCAAACCUUUGUUGGCUGCUGAGGUGCGUCGUAUCUUCCCUACUGCUGCCGGUCUGCCCAUGGAGCUCAGUCUAUACACCACCGCUGUGACUGCUGCAGCUGUCCAAAUCAAGGCCACCACAACACCCACUCUGCCAGAGACCUUCCAGCUUGCUCACCUGCUGAAAACAGACAUGAUGCUUGAGACUGAGUUGAAACCAAGUGUUGCUGUCCAUACAUUUGCCGUGAUGGGAGUAAAUACUGCCCUGCUCCAAGCCUCCAUGAUUGCAAGAGCAAAGGUCAACGCAUUGGUGCCAGCCAAAAUCUCAGCAAGACUUGAUAUCAAGAAGGGCAGUUUCAAGAUUGAAGUUAUUCCUGUUGCUGUGCCUGAAAACCUUGCAGCUGUACAUGUUGAUACUUUGGCUGUGGCAAGAAACAUUGAGGAUCUUGCUGCUGCAAAGAUCACACCCAUCAUCCCAGCACCAAUGCUGGAACCUCUCUCAAGGGACAGGUUAACAUCCAGGAUUACCUCCUCUCUUGCUCGUAGCUCAUCAAGAUCCUCGGAGAUGUUAGAUUCUGAUGAAGCUGCUGACAUCAGGCACUUGAUCAAGACCAAAGUCAUCCACUUUGAGAAGAAGUAUUGCGCUAAGCUUGCUACCUUUGGAGUGAAGAGCUGCCUCAAGGUUGGCUCUGAGAAUGCUGGCUUCAUCAAGGACACCCCUCUCUAUAAACUGGUCGGCAAGCACAUUGUUACUCUUUCAAUGAAAGCAGCCGAAGGAGCAGCAAUCGAAAGGGUGGAGUUGGAGAUUGUGAUUGGACAGAAGGCUGUUGAGAAGCUAACCAAGCCCAUCAAUCUGAGUGAGGAGGAGUACGCUGAGGGAGAGCCAGUCUUGACCAAGCUGAGGAAAAUCCUCGUCCCUGGUCUGAAGAAUGGCACCGUGUCCUCCUCCAGUUCCAGCAGCUCCCGCUCCCUGAGCUCUCAGUCAAGCAGCUCCCGCUCAAGCGGACGCUCCGUGUCAUCAUCGUCGGCCUUGUCCAGCUCCUCGUCGUCUCGUGUCAACAGCAAGGCGAUUGAUGCCGCUGCUGGUCCUGUCAGUAAAGUGCGCAGCAGCAGCAGAGGCAGACUCAGCUCUAGCCGCUCAGCGAGCAGCUCCUCUAGGUCUAGCUCCAAAUCUCUCUUCAGCUCUUCCAGUUCCUCCAGCUCUGCCAGCGCCCGUGUGAAAAAGACUGUGACAUACAACCAUAAAUUCCAGAAGAACCACAUAAAGAAGACCAUUAUCUCUCAAGGCACCUCGGCCGCCAAAAUAUCGAGGAGCAGAAGCAGUGGUUCAAGUUUCGAGGCCAUUUACAAAAAGAAAAAAAUCCUGGGCAAUACUGUUGCUCCUCUCUUUGCCAUCAUCGUGCGUGCUGUGAGAGCUGAUCAAAAGGUUCUGGGAUACGAACUCAGUGCCUAUUUGGACAAGCCUGAUGCCAGACUGCAGAUCAUCUUGGCUGCCCUAGCUGAGGAUGACAACUGGAAGUUCUGUGCUGAUGGUGCUUUGCUCAGCAAGCACAAAGUCACGGCCAAGUUUGCCUGGGGAGCCGAAUGCAAGCAAUACAAGACUAUGAUCACAGCUGAGACUGGUCUGGUCGGUCCAAGCCCUGCUGCCCGCCUGAGAGUGGCUUGGGACAAGCUUCCCUCUGCUCUAAAGCGCUACGCAAAAAAGAUUGAUGAGUAUCUUGCUACUACUGUCCUGGCUGACUUGAUUGAAGGAAAGGAAGAGAACAGUGAGAAGCAAAUUUCACUGAUCAUCGUCGCAACAUCUGACAAGACUCUCGACCUGAUUGUGAAAUCACCAAAGAGGACCUUCUACAAACUGGCUUUGCGCCUUCCCAUUGCUCUGCCACUUGAUGAAGUGUCUGGACUCACCCCUUUUGAUGACAACAUGGUGGACAAAAUCCAGUACUGGGUUUCCAAGGCUAACGCAGCUGAAUGUAGCUUCACCAGGGACACACUGACCACAUUCAACAACAGGAGAAUCAAAAACGAGACGCCCUUGUCCUGCUACCAGGUUUUGGCUCAGGAUUGCACCGACGAACUCAAAUUCAUGGUCCUGCUGAAGAAGGAUCACAUUGAGCAUAAUCAUAUCAAUGUGAAAAUUGAAAACAUUGAUAUUGACUUGUAUCCUAAGAAUAAUAAUGUGAUCGUGAAGGUUAAUGGAAUGGAAAUUCCCAUCAACAACCUCCCAUACCAGCACCCAACAGCUAAAAUCCAGAUCAGACCUAAGGGUGAAGGCAUCUCUGUCUACGCGCCAAGCCAUGGUCUUCACGAAGUCUACUUUGAUAAGAACACAUUUAAGGUGAAAGUUGUGGACUGGAUGAAGGGACAGACCUGUGGACUCUGUGGGAAGGCUGAUGGAGAAGUCAGGCAGGAGUAUCGUAUCCCCAACGGACGCCUGACCAAGAGCUCCAUCAGCUAUGCUCACUCCUGGGUGCUUCCUGCAGAGAGCUGCCGUGACACCUCCGAAUGUAAAAUGAGACUUGAAUCUGUGAAGCUGGAGAAGGACAUAAUCGUUCAUGGGCAGGAGUCCAAAUGCUAUUCUGUUGAGCCAGUGCUGCGCUGCCUGUCUGGCUGUUUCCCAGUGAAGACCUCUCCCGUCACAGUUGGCUUCCACUGCCUACCCGCUGAUUCUACUGUGAAUCGCUCCGGGGGUCUGCCUGGUGUCUAUGAUAAGAGUGUGGACUUGAGAGAAACCACAGAAGCUCAUCUGGCUUGUAGCUGCACCGCUCAGUGUUCUUAAUCCCGUGGCGCCAACAUAUUCAUUGACAUGUAGUUAAAUUAUUUUUCAUGUCUGAGAGGCAUUACAAAUCAUUUCGUUUUACAUUUAAUUUGAAAUUAAAGUUGGCCAUCCCCA